GUAGUUUGGGAGUUGAAAAUGCGGAAGUUUCCACCCAGAAAACCACUGCCACCUCUACCGCGAGGAUGAAGCUAGGAAGCCAGUGAUGACAUCUGUACCGCAACAGUGGUGGUUACUCCGCUGACAGUGCCGCGGCGGGGACAGUGAACUACCAUGGCUACUCUACCCGGUUCGGAGCGACGAGCGUUCGCAUUGAAAAUCAACAGGCACUCCUCUGCUGAGAUCAGGAAGCACUUCAACCCCACAGGCCAUGGCUCCCCGCACAACACCCUCCACCAGCGCCACAGCCACAGCUCCAGCACCGGGGGAUCCUUCUGCUUCACCGUGCCUGCGUCCUACGAUGCAGUGGAGCCGCUGGAUCUAGAGGAUUUCCUGGUGACCCAGCUACGCAGCGGAGACAUGGAGCUCAUGCAGGAGCUCGGAGAGUUCCCCGACGACGACUUGGAGGUGGAGCUAGUGGACAGGGAGUGUCGCACCGCGGAGCACUCGGUCCCAGAUGACGGGCCAGAGCUUGACGCUCAUGUGAGAGACUGUGUGGAGAGCUACACGCAGCCGUGGCUGAUCGUCGGCAGAAGGUGUCAAGGAGAUGGGUGGAGUGCCUACUCGGAGCGCUCCGGCCUCCACAAACUCCUCCAGAGGCAGGUCUUUGAGUCGGACAUGCUGCCCGAGAGGCAAGAGCCAGCGGUGCGCUCUCCGUCUCUGGCGGCGUUGUCCGACGAGUCGGGCCGCACCACACUCGCCUCCUCGGACUUCGACCUGAAGGCGCUGCAGCCGGACGCGCGCGUGGACAGCCUGCUGCGCUUCAGCAACCCCGAGGACCUGGACCGCUUCAACCACGAGGCCCGGAACGGCAACCGCCACCCGGAGCUGUUCGCCCUCUACCCGCCCGCAGACGAGGACGAUGCUGUGGAGAUCCGGCCCAAGCCGGAGUGUCCAAGGGAACACAUCGGUCACCGGAUUUACAUCAGAUGCCAAGCCAUCAAGUUUGAGAUUGAAAUAGAGCCAUUCUUCGCAACCUUGGCCUUGUAUGACCUCAAAGAGAAGAAGAAGAUCUCCGAGGACUUCCACUGUGACCUGAACUCCGACGCACUGAGGGGAUACCUGCGCUCUCACACCCCGAGUGUCGACCCCUCCAGUCAGGCGAAGGCGGCCAUCUUCUCCAUCACCCAGCCCUCCCCAGACAUCUACCUGGUAGUUAAGCUUGAGAAGGUGCUGCAGCAGGGAGAGAUCGGUGACUGUGCUGACCCCUACAUAGGCAUGAAAGAGACUGAUACAGCCAAGAAUAAGGAUAAGCUGGAGAAGCUGAAGACCCAGUCGGAGGGGUUCUGCCAGAGGCUGGGGCGCUAUAGGAUGCCCUUCGCCUGGGGCACGGUCAACAUCAUGAACGUCAUCACCGCCACGUCCACACUGGAGAGAGACACGAGCGAGGCCGACGGCAUGAAUGGCAGAGGCAGUUUGGACAGAAGGGGCAACAUACCAAGGCGAAACUCGGAGCGCUUCUCUUACAUAGAGGAUCAGUACAACCUGUCAGGAUUCAAACCUGCCAACAUCACCAUAAACACCAUCUUCAAACAGGAAGGGGACCGUCUGAGUGAUGAGGAUCUGUUCAAGUGUCUGGCUGACAUCAAGAGGACGUCAAUGCAGAGACGGGUUAAAACAAUACCAGGUAUAAUCAAACUGGAGGUACUGCCAGCACCAGAGAACAUGCUAGGCUGCCUCUCUCCUGAACUCAUCCUCGUCAAACCAUUGGCUGAGAAGAACCCGAGGCUGAUCAAAGAGGUCCUGGAGUUCCCUUCCAGCGAGGUCUACGUCCCUCACAGCAUUUACAGAAACCUCCUGUAUGUUUACCCUCAGCGGCUCACCGUGGCCAAUCGGCUGACCUCAGCCAGGAACAUCACCAUAAAAAUUCAGUUCAUGAGCGGAGAGGAGCCUAGCUGUGUUCUGCCUGUCAUAUUUGGAAAAUCUACUGGACCGGAAUUUAUUGCAGAGGCUUGUACACCAGUGACUUACCACAACAAGUCGCCGGACUUCUACGAGGAGGUGAAGAUCAAGCUCCCGGCCAAGCUGACGGAGCGGCACCACCUGCUCUUCACCUUCUACCACAUCAGCUGCCAGCAGAAGCAGAGCCAGGCCGGCGGCGUGGAGACCCUCAUCGGAUACUCCUGGAUGCCCAUAGUUCACAAUGACCGUCUGCAGACAGGCCAGUACUGCCUCCCCAUCGCCCUGGAGAAGCUGCCUGUCAAUUACUCCCUGCACUCCCCAGAGAAGAUACCAGCGCAGGUCCCUCCUGUGAAGUGGAUGGAGAGCCACAAGGGGGUUUUCAACCUGGAGCUGCAGGCCGUCUCAUCGGUCCACACUCAGGACAACCACCUGGAGCGCUUCUUCACCCUCUGCCACGCGCUGGAGGGCAAGGUCACCUUCCCCAUCCGCCUGAGCGACGAGAAGAUCCCCGAGACCAAGGUGGAGCACGAGCUGAAGCUCAGCAUCAUCUCGCUGUCCUCCUCGCGUCUCGAGCCGCUCGUCCUCUUCCUCCAUCAGGUGCUGGACAAGCUCUUCAGACUCAUCAUGCAGCCCAUGGUCAUCGCAGGACAGACGGCCAACCUGGGUCAGAUCGCCUUCGAGUCGGUGGUGUCCAUCGUUAACAGCCUCCACAACAGCCAGGAGCUGGAGCGCGACCAUCAGGGCAGGAACUGUCUCCUGGCCAAAUACCUCUACUACGCCUUCAGACUGCCAGAGUCCCAGGGGGAGAUCUUCAGCACAGGUGGGCAUCAGCUCCACCCGGAGGGGCGCUACAGCACGCUGGGCAGAGCCACGGCCAGCACGGUGGGCAACAUGCUGAUCCAGUCCAGGGUGCGGAGCAGCAGCAACCCGGACAUCCCCGGCCCGCAGUCGGCCGAGGAUGCAGAGGUCAAAAACAUCCUGUCUGGAAAGGGUGCAAACCAUCCCAGCUGCCGCAUGUCAACGUAUAUGGAUGGAAGUAGUAAUCAACAGGGCUCUUCAGCAGGGACAAAGCCCAUCAAUAAAAAGCAAUUCCAUGAAGAGCUCGCUCUGCAAAUGGUGGUCAGCACUGGGGUAUGCCGUGAGAAUGCCUACAAAUACGCCUGGUUCUUCUUUGAACUCCUGGUGAAGAGCAUGGCCCAGCACGUCUCUCAGAUGGACAGGAAGGCCGUGCCACGCCGGAACCGCUUCUCCGACCGAUUCAAGGACGACCUCACCACCAUCGUCAACGUGGUGACGGCCGAAAUUUGCACCAGCCUGGUCAAACAUAAGGAAACGGAGCAAGCUGAGAAAGUGAACAUCAGCCUGGCCUUCUUCCUGUACGACCUGAUGUCCCUCAUGGACCGCGGCUUUGUGUUCCAGCUGGUGAAAUCCUACUGCAACCAGAUGAGUGCAAAGGCCGUGUCCAUGAAUACGGUGGUCAGCACGAGGCUGGAGUUCCUGCGUAUCCUGUGCAGUCACGAGCACUACCUCAACCUCAGCCUCUACUUCAGCAACCCUGCCUCUGCCCCCACCUCGCCCUCCCCCUCCAUAUCCUCACAGACUUCAAGUUCUUGCAGUUUUCAGGACCAAAAGAUCUCGGCCAUGUUUGAUCUUUCUCAUGAGUUCAGGCAGCAGCACUUCCUGACAGGCCUUCUAUUGACUGAGCUCGAUGCUGCUCUUGAGAUGGAAAAUGAAGGUGGGAAAGUGCAGAGGAAAGCCAUCAAUGCGACGUACAGCUUACUGUGUGCCCAUGACCUGGAUCAGCGUUGCGUGCGGCCUGAGGUUCGAGCUAAGAUCGCUGCUCUCUACCUCCCCCUGGUGACCAUCAUCAUCGACUCCAUCAACUCGCUGGACUUCACAGUUUCAGACCCACGCGGGGGCAAAGGCAAGAACACUGCCCCCGACGAGGAUCCUGACAGCGUCAACCCCAUCAAUCAGAAUAUUGCCAUGGCGAUUGCAGGAAAUCCAUAUAAUACCCUGGCAAGAAACGCACUGGCUUCCAUGGCCUCCAUGGCAACGAAGGCCACCAGCACCCUGACGCCCGAGACCAGCCGGAACCUGCUGGUGUGUUUCCUGUGGAUCAUGAAGAACGCCGACCAGACCCUGAUCCAGCGCUGGACGGCCGACAUGCCCUUCGCCCAGCUCAACCGGCUGAUGGAGCUGCUCACCAUCUGUGUGUCCUGCUUCGAGUACAGGGGCAAGCAAAGCUCAGACAAGGUGAGCACCCAGGCACUGCAGAAGUCCCAGCAGGCCAAGGCACAGCUGGAGCAGGCCCUGCUGGGGGGUCGGGGAGCUCGGGGGGAGAUGAUGAGGAGAGCAGGUGGUAACGAGCGGGCAUUUGGUAAAGAGAACCUGCGCUGGAGGAAAGACCUUACUCAGUGGCGGCAGACAAACGAGAGGCAGGACAAGUCGAAAGCGGAGCUGGACCAGGAGGCCGUCAUCAGUGGUAACCUGGCCACCGAGGCCAACCUCAUAGUGCUGGACCUGCUGGAAGUCAUCAUCCAGGCCACGCCAUUGGCCGAGUGCAAGGACAGUGUGGUGGGCGGAGUCCUGCGGGUCCUGCUGCACAGUCUCACCUGCAACCAGAGCACCACCUUCCUGUCCCACUGCUUCAGCUCCCUCAGGGCUCUCAUCGUGAAGUUUGGGGAGCUGCUGUUUGAGGAGGAGGCGGAGCAGUGUGCCGACCUGUGCCAGAAGGUUCUCCAGCACUGCAGCAGCAGAGUGGACGGCAACCGCAGCCAGGCCUGUGCCACCCUCUACCUCAUCAUGAGAUACAGCUACAGCUCAGCUAGCAACUUCUCCAGGGUGAAGAUGCAGGUGACCAUGUCGCUGGCCUCUCUGGUGGGGAAGUCGUCGGACGUGCAGGAGGAGUACCUGCGGCGGUCCUUCCGCACGGUCCUGGCCUACGCCGAGGAGGACACCGAGAUGCAGGCCACACAGCUGCCCUCUCAGGUGGAUGAGCUGCUGGGGAACCUCAACAGCAUCCUGUCAGACACCGUGAAGAUGAAAGAGUUCCAGGAGGAUCCAGAGAUGCUGAUGGACCUGAUGUACAGAAUCGCCAAGGGUUACCAGACGUCCCCAGACCUGAGGCUCACCUGGCUACAGAACAUGGCGGAGAAGCACAACGUCAAGAAGUGCUACACGGAGUCGGCCAUGUGCCUGGUGCACGCCGCCGCCCUGGUGGCCGAGUACCUGAGCAUGCUGGAGGACCACAAGUACCUGCCUGUGGGCAGCGUCACCUUCCAGAACCUCUCUCCUAACGUGCUUGAAGAGUCGGCCGUGUCCGAUGACGUCCUGUCCCCGGACGAGGACGGCGUGUGCUCUGGCCGCUGCUUCACGGAGAAUGGCCUGGUGGAUAUGCUGGAGCAGGCCGCAGAGCUCUUCAGCAACGGUGCGCUCUAUGAGGCCGUGAAUGAAGUUUACAAGAUCAUGAUUCCCAUCCUGGAGGCUCAUAGAGAUUUCCGGAAACUGGCUUCCAUCCAUGACAAGCUUCAGAGAGCCUUUGAGAGCAUUAUACUAAAGGGACACAAGAGGAUGUUUGGGACGUACUUCAGGGUUGGGUUUUACGGCAGCAAGUUCGGAGACCUGGAUGAACGGGAGUUCGUCUAUAAGGAGCCAGCCAUCACCCACCUCCCUGAGAUCUCCCACAGACUAGAGGGCUUCUACAGUCAGUGCUUUGGAGAUGGCGUUUUAGAAAUGAUCAAGGACUCCACGCCUGUUGACAAGAACAAACUGGACCCAAACAAGGCCUACAUCCAGAUCACCUUUGUGGAGCCCUUCUUUGACGACUAUGAGAUGAAAGACCGACUGACCAACUUCGAGAAGAACUUCAACCUGCGGCGCUUCAUGUACACCACGCCCUUCACCAAGAGCGGGCGGCCGCGCGGCGAGCUGAACGAGCAGUACAAGCGCAAGACCAUCCUCACCACCAUGCACUCCUUCCCCUACGUCAAGACGCGCAUACACGUCAUCCAGAAAGACGAGUUUGACCUCACCCCUAUCGAGGUGGCCAUCGAGGACAUGCAGAAGAAGACCCGUGAGCUAGCCGUGGCCACGCACAGGGAGCAGCCGGACGCCAAGAUGCUGCAGAUGGUUCUGCAGGGCUCUGUGGGGGCAACCGUCAACCAGGGCCCAUUGGAGGUGGCCUCAGUGUUCCUGAAUGAAAUCCCAGCAGACCCCAAACUCUUCCGUCAUCACAACAAACUGCGCCUGUGUUUCAAGGAAUUCAUUAUGCGUUGUGGGGAGGCUGUUGAGAAGAACAAACACCUCAUCACUCCAGACCAGAAGGAGUACCAGAGUGAGCUGAAGAAGAACUACAACAGGUUGAGGGAGAACCUGCGGCCCAUGCUGGAGAGGAAGAUUCCGGAACUGUACAAACCCAUGCACCCAUCCAAGCCCCGUCUUGAGAGGGACAACGUCAAACGGCUCAGUUUCCGGCGAACCCAGGAGGAGAAUUCAUGAGGGGGGGGGGGGGCUGAUGUGCGGGGACCGCCAAGGAGCUGGAUCUCAGCUGAAUCUGCUCAGUCCUGUUCCAAAGCGACGCAACACGGCACAUCAGAUGUACAGAGAAAGGCAGUGUGGCGCAGAAACUUCUGUGCACACAGCACUCUGAAGUAUGCACACUUAACUGUUGCUGUACAAGUACUCUGGUAGUACACGCAGCACACACCAGACCUUCACACUGCCAGUGUAGAGUUCUUGCACUGUGCGUGGAUUCCAUUUGUGUAGAUUUCAAACAUGCCGCAGGAUUUGCCAUUACGUGUCAUUGCUGUGUAGCUUCGGCACAAGUGGGGGUCUAAUCCCCUAAACCCUGAAAUGCCUUUAUAUGUCAUGUAAAGGCCCUGGUACUGGAAAUGUUGCUGUAAAAUAAAAGGAUAUUGAUGAAACAUAUGGGCAUUUCUAUUUGCGUUUACGUUUUUGAAUGUUUGUUUGUUUGUUUUUUUUAUUUUAAUGUUUCAUUUUGAUUCGGCAGUUCAGCUAAUUUGCACAAUUCAUGCUGGUCAUUUCCAUCUCUCAGGUCAUUUCAUGAGGGUUCGAUAUUUUCAUUUUAACACCAUAGCUUACUGAUGUUCUUAAAAUAAUUUAAAACAUGGGAAAUUACAGCCUGUCACAUGAUCUAUGAGACAAAUGAAAGGGUGUCACCCUGUGGAAGAAAGAAUGGCAAUCAAAUUAUACCCUAACUUUUGUAAAAUGUCUGUACAUGUAAUAUCUGGAGAAAAUUUAUUUUUCAUAUUUUUCUGUGAAAAUAAAAUGGAAAAAGGAUUUAUAUGCACACUGUAGCUAGGUGUAAUAGAAUUUCAAUUUUAUUAUUCUGUAUUCUUUUAUAGAUUUAUUUUUUAUGUCUAACUUUUUGUCUGCUACAAAGGUUUAGCAUCAUCUGCCCCCCUCCUUGAAAAUAUCCUUAGUGACCGAAUUGACUGCACAUAACUGUCCAUAGCCCAUCUUGGAUCUCUUAGAUCUAAAGUAAUGGUACCCACCUGUUACAUUCCAGUGAGCUGCUGGCCUUUCCUUCGUUUCCAUUGUUUUUGUUAUUUUACAGUCAUUCAGUGCACUUCAGAUUAAUAAAUACUGAAAUACUGA